AUGCCUGAUGGUAGUGAAUCUGGUUCUUCAAGUGUUGACGUGGGCUAUUUCGCGCUGCAUGGCAUUACGUCCGGUCCCAACGACGACUUUAACUUCAUGUUCAACCGAUUAGCCAUCAAGGAGGGGUGGUCGAAGACCCAGCGCAAGAAGCGUCGCCACGAAGCCAUCGCAGGUGAGAUCGAAGCGAUCUACGGUGCCGAUACAACGAAACUGGAGAAGUGGCAGGAGCUGUGUCGCGAUGUCAGGAUCGAACCUGUUCCGCAGUCCAUCACUAAGUGCAAGAAGGCUCUGGGCUCGGUCUACGUUAAUCUCGUGAACCUCAUCAACCACCGUCGCAACCGCAGUGUCCCUGUCAUUCUCUUCCCAAACUAUCAAGCAUUCCGCACGUGGACGCUUGGCGGCAAGAAGUUCGGUGACCGCAUCUUUCCGAAGAAGUUGGCGAAAGAAGAAGGCUUCGUCAAGGCGCUUCUUAAGGACUUGCAUUUUCCAUUUUGA